AUGGAGAAGACUGGAAGAAGCCAGUUUGGGAUGAGAAGAAAUCAGCAUUACCGCAUUCGAAACGGAGAAUUUCAAAGGAUUUUUGAUCAGGAUGCAAAGCAGGAGACCAUUUUCGAAAACAUUGCCAAACCAGUUGCUGAGAGCGUCCUGGCAGGUUACAAUGGCACCAUCUUUGCAUAUGGACAAACAGGCAGUGGUAAGACGUUCACCAUUACGGGUGGGGCGGAGCGCUACAGCGACAGAGGCAUCAUCCCAAGGACACUGUCAUACAUUUUUGAGCAAGUACAAAAGGACAGCAGCAAAAUGUAUACAACGCACAUUUCCUAUUUGGAAAUCUACAAUGAAUGUGGUUAUGAUCUAUUGGAUCCAAGACAUGAAGCCUCCAGUUUGGAAGAUUUGCCGAAAGUGACAGUCCUGGAGGACCCUGAUCAGAAUAUCCACCUGAAAAACUUAUCUCUUCAUCAGGCGACCACAGAGGAAGAAGCUCUGAAUCUGCUUUUCUUGGGCGACACCAACAGAAUGAUUGCAGAGACGCCUAUGAACCAGGCUUCAACCCGUUCUCACUGCAUUUUCACCGUUCACCUGUCAAGCAAGGAGCCAGGAUCUGCAACCGUGAGACAUGCCAAGCUGCAUUUGGUGGACCUGGCUGGUUCAGAGCGGGUUGCCAAGACUGGAGUUGGAGGCCAGCUUCUGACAGAGGCCAAGUAUAUCAACUUGUCACUGCAUUACUUAGAACAGGUCAUCAUCGCCCUCUCGGAAAAGCACCGCGCGCACGUCCCGUAUCGGAACUCCAUGAUGACCAGCGUCCUGAGAGACAGCCUGGGAGGGAACUGCAUGACGACCAUGGUCGCCACCCUCUCUUUAGAGAAGAGGAAUAUAGACGAGUCUAUAUCUACCUGCAGAUUUGCACAGCGAGUGGCACUCAUAAAGAACGAAGCUGUUCUUAAUGAAGAAAUCGAUCCCAAAUUGAUGAUUAUACGCCUACAAAAGGAAAUCCAGGAACUCAGGGAUGAGCUGGCCAUUGUCACUGGGGAGCAGAGGACAGAGGCGCUCACAGAAGCAGAGCUCCUUCAGCGCCAGGGAAGAGUGGCGGCUUUCCAUGAAAAGCUGCAUAAGGCUGGCAGUGUUUUUGCCGCCUCAGCUUUGAGGAAGAAAAGAACAGAGCGUGGAGAGAAUGGGAGUAUCCUUCUCAUGCCAGCUGAAGAAAAAGGAUCGUGUGAUAGUCACACAAUUUUUAAACGUAUCCGCCACACACUCUGUGAGCUGUGGAUCUCAGAUCUGAAAGGAAUUCCAGAAACGUCCUUUGUAUUAAACAGCAUCUUGCUGCAAGCACCAAUUUAUCCCAUGCCAAACAACAAGGAGCACAGGUACCCACCGCUGCUUCAGUCCCUCACCCAAGACUGGCUGCCCAAGCGGAGAGCUCGGAGUCUAGGAAAUGCGAGCUCACAGUUGGGAGUGACUAGGAAUAUGAGGACUGCCAGCAUGGAGAAAGACAAAACAAGCGUUUACAGCGCGGAGGCCUCAAGAACGAAGCAACAGGAGUGGUUGCUGGCAUUCCAUCCACGAAGCAACCGCAGGACCGAGAGAUCUUGA